CGCCUCCAAAUCUGAAAUUCCGAUUCUGAAUACCACUGGUUCGCACAACGUCGGCGGCGUCUUCGCCACCUUUCUGUCCAUCUUGAAACCACCGACCUCGUCUUCUCCUAUUCCAAACAACGCUGACAUAGUGAUUUUUGUUCUCCCAAGGUCACCGUCGACGGCAUCUUCGCCGCCUCCCUCCCUCUCUAUCUCGAAACCCACCUCGUCGCCUCCUUCACCAACUCAGAACUCGCCUUCCUCUCCAUUCGUUUCCCGUCCAGAUCCAUCAAGGAAGGUUAAUCACUCCAUUCGCCCACACCCACGAAGAAAUUUUGUUCGCCUUCUCCACUCCGUCGUCUCGAAGGUACAACAUGCACUUCUAAUCGAAUCUCUUCACCAUUGUUCCUGUGAAUGCCUAGUUCCUGUGAUUGUAUGUUCUGGGAUUACUUAUGCACAUCUAAUUCAAGUCUGGGGCAAUCAUUUUUAGUCUCUGGUUUUCUGUAGAUGACUAGAGAUGGAACUCACCUCCAUUGUGCAGCUUUGUGGGGACUGUUACUGUUGUGUAAUUUGAAUUGUCAACAUCCUGUAGUCUCAUCUAGAAAAUGGCUUUACACAAUUUAUAUUGUAGACACCAUAAAGGAGAGGUAGCUUCUCUUUGUCUGGUUAUUCUUCUUCGCAAAACUGACAUUCUGGUUUUGAUGAGGGCUUCCUUUUGAUUGCUUUGUUGUUCAUAUUCUUGGAUGGCUUCCUAUUGUCACCCUAAGGGACAGUUUGAUUAACCUAGAAGAUACCUUCAUCUUGUGCUAACGGUGUGAUUGCUCUGUAGUUUGUUGUAGUGUUUUGGUUUCUAUAUAGUAAAGUAGAACAGGAGCCUUAUGUUUGGAGCUUGGUUUAGUUGCAAUUUGGUUUAGUUGCUAGGUUUAAAUUGUUGCUGGAACUUUUAUUUCAAUUGUUUCCAGUUGUGCAUUCAUAACUAAGUCAUGGAAUUGGACUGAUUUCAGGAUGUCAAGUCAACUAAUGAAUGUUACGAAAAAUGAUGAUGGUAGUAGUUCUGGAGAUGAGGAUGAUUUUGCAACAAUGUUGACGUCUACGGGUGGAACAAGUGUUCAGAGAAAGCAACAAAGAACUUCUAAGGCAUGGGAGACAUUUACUUAUAUCCUUGGGAAUCAGUUUGUAGACAAAAAAUCAAGAGCACAAUGCAAAAACUGUCUCAAGCUUUAUGUGGCUGGUAAAGAAUCAUGGAAAUCUGGAGGCCUCUGCUGAAAGCUUGAUUGAAGACGAAGAGCAUCCGAGUUUGGAACUCGUUGAUAAACGGGAACCAGGACAAGAUGACACUUGGGGAGAACUAACGGCGGACUUAUUAUCUGUUUCAGGUAGAGAAACUGACGGCGGUAAUCAGGGAAGCAGAGGCAGAGGCGGGGAGACGAACGUUGAAUCUGGGGGUGAGCAUACCCUGGAAUGGAGUCCGAUUAGUCCCUGGAAUGGAGCCUCCAUUGAAUCUGGGUUCGGCGGUAAUUCCUCUGUGUCCGGCAGCCACUUGUCAUGCUCGCCAUCAUUCUUCUGCCGCCGGCAGACUCUCGCCGCUGAAGGCUAUUGAAGGGAAGAAGGUCAAUCAAUAAUUCAAUAGUCUUGAAGAAGCUCUGCCGGACGCAGCGAAAGAGCGUCGGAAGUGGUAGGAGGGAAUGGAGGUGAUGGAAGGAGAAGAGGAGGGAAGCAUUGGGAGUGGAGCGUUGCAGUCUUGUAGAUGAUUGUCGGUAAUUGACUCAGCUUUGAAUUGGUUAUUAUUGUUUUUUUAAUUAAAAUGUUGGUCCACCAGUCAGCAAGUCUGUUUGCCACGUCAUCAAAAAAUUGGCAGAGUUAAUGGAGUGUAACGGUCGGUGACUAACGGUGAAACGAUUCGUAAAGUUAGUGCCGAAUAAGAAAAGAAAGUAAUUUGG